AAUCGUCUAACCUCUAACCUCUAACCUCCAAAUCUUUACCUUUUCUCAUAUCGCCCAAAACUAAAAAGGAUUCACCGUUAUUUUCAACCAACACGCCGACGUUGUUGUUGUCGGAGGCUUUUUCUUACGCUUUAAUGAGUCGCAUGACAACAAUAUCAAUAAAUCCUUCUUUUCGCCAGUACGUUUGAUUAUUUUCGAUCGCUUUUUUCCGACCGUGGGCAUAUUUUGUACGUGAGGUUAUUCGAGUCGCGUGCAUGAUCAACAGAAGGGGUCCGCUUAACCCCCCGACUCGACUCCUUCACCCUCCGCUUCCUCAUCCACACACAUCCAUUCCAUCUCGCAAUCUUCUACCAUAGCCUUCCUCAUGACGGCUGUCGCGAGCCCGCCAAAUUUUACUCAACAUAAUCGGCCGACAUGGAGUAUUAACGGCGGACACGCCGGUCAGAUCAAUCCCAUGAAUCCCGACGAGUUGAAUCGAAUGUUUAUGCCCCGAAAGAAUUUACAGCGGAAUAAUUCGUCAUCUUCUAUCUCAUCCACAUCUUCUGUGUCUUCGACAUCGACCAUCGCCACUACCGGCUCCCAAACUAAUGGAAACUCGUUGCCAACUUCAGGUGAUAUGGGCGCGUGGAGUAAUGGUGCCGGAAAUCGAAAACGCCCCCAACCAAAGGCCCCGUGGCCGUCUCCCAAACCGGACUCCCAGUCAGAUUUCGUGAGGAUGUCUGCCGGGCGCCCCCAGCUAGUUGCCGGUAUUAACGGUUCGGCACCAAUGCAUUCGCCCUCACCGGUAUUGCCCUCCCAAGGUCUUAUCGGGGCGCAACAGGCUAUGCCAAGACCUAUAACCGAUUCCUUACCCGCUGGAAAUCAACCCGUUCUAUACCUUCUAUCACUAAACGGAACCUUCGAGCGCAAGACAAUUUCUGUGCCCUUCUCCCCUGAGACCCUUAGGAUUGGUCGUCAGACGAAUGCUAAAACAGUUCCUACACCGAUGAACGGUUUCUUCGAUUCCAAAGUUCUGUCGCGCCAACAUGCCGAAAUUUGGGCUGAUCGCAACGGGAAGAUCUGGAUUCGCGAUGUCAAAUCUUCGAAUGGUACUUUCGUCAAUGGCACGCGACUAUCACAAGAGAAUCGGGAAUCAGAGCCACACGAAUUACAGACUGCGGACCAUUUAGAGUUAGGUAUCGAUAUUGUGAGCGAGGACCAAAAGACGGUCGUCCACCACAAAGUAGCGGCAAAGGUUGAGCAUGCGGGUUUCUUGAACCCUUCGAGUAGCCUGCUUGACAUGAACUUCGGCGAUCUCGAUCCUGCUAAUGGCUCCAUGAUGAUGAUGGGACAACAAGGUGGCGUUCCUAUUCGGCCAAGAAACGGAAGUCAAGCCUCUAUGGCGAGUAAUGGACGAAUUGUUCAGAACGGGGGUAUGAUGGGAUCGCAGACGAACGUCAUGAGUCAUCAGCGAGGUCUCUUCUUCUCCCCGAUCAGCACCGAGCAGAUCGUGAAGCGACUUCAGCAUGAAAUGCGAACGCAACGUCUUCAGUCGCAAGACCUAGGUAGAACAAACCAAUUCCUCCAGGGGCUCCUCACCAAAGACGACAUCAAGGAUAGUGAAAAGCCAGAUUCAUUUGAGCAGCCAAAGUCACAAAUAAUCAAUGGCAACGGAGUCAAUGGUAAUGGACUAUCAUUUAGAUCCGACAACAAAACUAGGUUCUCUGAUCCGCCAGCACCUCCGCCGCAGCAACCAUUGCCCGAAAAGCCAGAUGUCCCAUCCCUAAAACGAGGCAUCACCGAACGCCCUAAACAAUCCAACAACCAGAAUAUAUCACCAGUCCGCCAAGACAGUAACACCAGUCAGAUCUUACAAUUAACAGAAGCUCUGAACAGUGCGAAACGAGAGAUAGAAUCCCAGAGUACCCGUAUGAGAGAUCUCGAGGAAACUCUUCUGAAAGAACGCCAGGCUCGAGAGCUUGCCGAAGAAUUAGCUAGGAGGUUAGAGGAAUCUGCCACAGCUAAGACUAACGGUGUUCCUGUAAAGUCAGAUACCCAGGAGACCGCUCUCGAGGCAGCUUUCGAGCCGCCCGUAGAAGAAGCAUCAACACCAGUCACCAACGGUGUGACAGAUGAAAUCAAGAAGGCCGUACCUCAGGCAGAAGCUAUCGAAGCAUCCGCAACUCACCUGCAUGCCCAGAUCGAAUCGAUGGUAUUAGAAAUGAAAGAUCUACGACAGCAACUGGAAACAUUUAAGCAGCGAGCUGAGACAGCCGAAGCAGAGAGGGAUGCAGACCGGAAAAGCCUUGCCGAGAUGGCACUGCAAAUCAGAAGAGACGUCGAAGCUAGAGAAGCUGCUGCGAAAGAAAAGGCUCUCGUCGAUUCUCGUGCUAUAGAGAAUACCAAUAACCCAAUAGUAAAAUCGAAGAACUCACCCAACUUAGUCAGAAAGUCUUCUACAGGCUCAACAUCAACCCCAUCAAGCCCUGGCGAACUUGCCGACCAGCCAACGCUCUCUCGAGCCAAUACCAUAACACCGCAAUCUGCGGCACCUGGCCUCCUAUCGCAUAACCAGGCUUUAACAGACAGCAUACCUUACGCGUCCAUGAUGGGGGUAGUCAUCAUUGGCAUGGGCUUAAUGGCCUAUAUUAACGGCUGGCAACCACAACCAAGGCUCGAGCGAUAAGCCGUGUUUAUACCUCGCAACCAUGGAAAGCUACACUUUUAGUAUUAUCAUUAGGAUUGACAAGAUAAUACGCCUCUCCCUCUACACCUCGACGAACCCCAAUUCCCUUUGUACCCACUCUAUAAUAAGUUCGUUUGACAAUGUAUCUUCAGAUACUAGUCCUCUUGUAACAUGGCAUUGGUUUCGGAACAGGCGUUAGGGUAGCGGCAAGCGGUUACGUCAAGAAAGUCAAGAGUCUAUGGGAUCUUGCUUCAUUUUUUUUUC